AUAAAAAUUUGUGGUAAAUUUAAAAAUUAUCAUUAUAAUCCAUUACAAUUGUCACGCCCCAGAACCCAAAUCCGAGACGCGACAGACGCCGUGCACUCGUGAGACGGGUCCCACAAGUGCACAAGGCUUGGAACUUAUUUAAAUCACAAUCUGAUACCACAAAAUCUCAAGAUCAAAUUUUUACAAUCUGCUCUGAUAUCAUAAAAUCUCCAAAUACACUCUAGCUUAUAGGAUCAUGACUUAUUUCUAAAUCUAUAUCAAUCUCGAAAUGGAUAGCCUUCUAACUCGUCACUCCCCUUGAUUUCCCCGUCCUCGGUAUCGCUUCCUGAAAUGGUGGACAAGGAAAACUAUGAGAUAACUCAGUAAGUAAAUAUGGAUAGCCCCUGGGUAAAACUUUUAACAUGCCAGAUAAACCAUGUAACCAUAACAGAACUUUCACUGAUAAACUGUUAAUGCGAAAAUCAAAUUCGGUUCAAUAACAAAACGUUUCCUGGCAAAUCGUUAAUGCAGAAGAAAACUCAGUUCAGUCGUCUCAUCUAUAAGUCAUGGCCAGUGUUAUAACAACCCACUGGCAGGCGACAGAAAUUUGCCAAUGUAUUCGCCCAAUGGCAGGCGUCAGAAUAAACCGGUCAUAUCAAUAAACAUGUCGACAUAUGCUAGCGUUACACCCACUAACGGGGAUCAGGGAUGCUACACACCCACUAGCGGGGAUCAGGAGUGCUAGCGUUACACCCACUAGUGGGGAUCAGGGAUGCUACACACCCACUAGCGGGGAUCGGAAUUCAUGACUAUAUCAGAGACAAAACCAUGUAGGAUUACAGAAAAAACCCCAAUUUCACAAUCAAUCCCGAAUUUCAGAACAAACUGGAAAAUUUCCAUGCGGGCAUGGAUUUAACAGAAAACUCAACAUUUACAAAAUUCUCAGUUCAUCAAAGCAGUUCAGUCAAUUCCCAAAUAGGCAUGCUCUAUUCCAGAAAAACAAUGAAAUUCUCAUUUUCAU